AUGGCACAGGAUGUCGGUUUGCAGCAGGAAAUUCUCCGCAAAACCCUGGACGAGGUGGCCGACAGCCAGUCCAACAGCAAUGAUGUCCAUCUGAAUCCCUGUGUGAUCUGCCUCGAGCAGAUCACGGAGGCUGCAACUGCGCAGCCCUGCAAGCAUGCCAGCUUCGACUUCUUAUGUCUUGUGAGCUGGCUGCAGCAGCGCCCUGCGUGUCCAUUAUGCCAAGCAGUCGUGACAAGCGUGAAAUAUGAGCCAGAAGCCGAGUCCGCCUCAGGCCCAAAAAUAUACCACCUCCCCCCUCCAUCACACACCCCUAUUACCACCACAGGUCUAGGAAGUGCUGCAGGAGCGUACCCCCACCCGAGAAGAUUCCCCCGUCGCCCACUCCGUCAUCGACCCCGGCGCGACUCUCCAACCAACCGCACCCCCACCUCAGAUGACCCCAUAAUCCGCCGACGACACAUUUACCGCCAUCAACUCUACUCCCGACGAGUAGGCACCAACAGACUCUCGAAAUACCGCGAGCUCACCCCGCAACUUUUCAACCAAGAUGCGCACCUUGUCUCGCGCGCGCGCAAGUGGAUCCGGCGCGAGUUACAGGUCUUCUCCUUCCUGGACCCCACCGCCAAUGGCAAUAUCGAACGUUCUGCAGCAGCCGAUCGCCGCGCAGCUAACAACGCCGAAUUCCUGCUGGAAUACAUCAUCGCAAUUCUGCGCACGGUGGAUAUCAAAGGCAGCAGCGGACAGGCUGAGGAGCUGCUGCGCGAAUUCAUCGGGCGCGAUCAUGCGCGGUUGUUCCUGCAUGAGCUGCAAUCGUGGCUGCGGAGUCCGUAUAUUUCGUUGGCGGAUUGGGAUCGGGCGGUGCAGUAUGAUGAUGUCGAUGCCGAUGGGCCCCGGUUGGCAGCGUCCGUGGGAAUACGGACGGGGAUGGGGCCGCGCUCGAGUAGACAUGCAGAUGCGCGCUCAAUAUCGUGGUCCUCAUCUACCACGCCUGUUGCCGCUAGUGACAGGGGCAGGGACCGCGCACCGUCUUGGCCGUCUGGGAGAAUUUCUAAAGCGACAAGCACGGCGGGUACGAGGCGUUGUGACAAUGUCGCUGCUGCUCGGGAGAGGAGAAUACAACGGGCCCGUGAUAGGUAUCAACCAGAUUGA